CCCUUUCAUUUCUGGUGCCUCUCCCGGCGGGCACGGCGAGGCAGCCCCAGGCCCCGGCCCAGCAGCCCCGCCGGCUCUCGCCCCGGGGCGGUGGUUCCCCUCCUCGCUUCCCCUGAGGUGAGUCUCUCGGCGCGGUGAGGGGCUUUGAUCGGCAGCGCCGCGCUCGGGGGAACGCGGUUCUCUUGGCGCUGCCGAGCGGCGGCUGCCCUGUGGAAACGCCUCCUGGGCUGAGGGGCUCCUUUAGGUCACGAUUUAUCCAUUUGCUUGGUUGAGUGGGGAUGCCCUUCUGCCGGAGGGCGGCUCCGCUCUUGAGAGUGCGAAUGCAGUGGGUUUUCCCCGCUGCUGGUGCAAUGGAGUCGGCUGGAGCUCCUGUACGGCUCGAGCAGGGAGAGAGGGAGGAGGGGGUGUUGCCGGCCCUCGGUCGGGACAAGCUCUCUUUUGUGUAUGCGUGGAUGAGCGAGACACCUAGGGAGCCUUUUUCCAGAUGUGCUCAAGAGAAGAAUCUGAGACUCUUUGUGCAUGAAAUUUGUUUAAUAGAUGAGCUUCUGUCUCUCCGGGAGUGCCUGGAGAAAGUGACGGCGCAACCGCUUGCAAAUUCGUCGAAUUUCCUAACGCUUUAAAUACGUUUGCAUGGCUUUUUGGAGUUCUUUUCCCUCUGCACAGGGAGGAGGAGGCGAGGCCAGCAUAUGUGGAAAGAGCUCUCAGCUCCGGGCGCCCCUUCCCCCAUCCUGCUGUUGUGCAGGGCUCUGCCCUGUGGCUGGCGGAGCUGGUAGGACUUUGCUCUGGGAAAAUUUGCGGCACUUUGGGGGCAGGUGGGGAGAACUUUCUGGAGUCAACCCGUAUGAGAAGGUGAAAAGAAGCCUGACUCCUGCAUCUUGUUUACUUUAUGGUCCAUGUUGGUUUGUUUUUUUUUUUUUUUUUUGGUUUUUAUUUUUUGCUAUGGUUCUCACACUGCUCCCUCCCCCCUUCAGCUGGAAGGAAGUUGGCAAAUAGGGGAAAUACAGAUGCAGUGUGUCAGACCGCAGUGUUGGAACAGCUUUUACUGCGUGCCCUGAGACAAACUGCUUUCUUUCUACCAGCUCAGGUGGCAAAUGGCAUUCUGCUCUCUCCCUCUGUGAUCCUUCUCUUUUCACUACCCAGGGAAGGCAGCUUGGCUCCUGAAAGUUGUCUUGUGGCCAAAGACUGAGAGCCACGUGCAUGUCUUACAGGUGGCAGACCUGUCACAGAACCUCUGGGAGGUGACCUUGCUGCUGAGGGAGCUGCUGCUUGGUCCUACAGUUCCUUGCUCUCUGCAAGUGUAAGAGGCAUCUCACUGCAUCCUUUGGGGGAUGCCUUUCUUCACAGGUCCACCUGAGUCAUCUAACUGCUGUUAUCAGCAGGCAGAAAACCUCUCGCCUCAGGGACAUGUGAGGAGUUGAGAUUAGAUCUGCUGGCCUGACACUCCCUCUUCCGAUUGAUUUUACAAACAGUGCUUAUGGAGUCGUGCUCCUGAUAGGGUUCAGAUGGUACUGACAGCAGUGCGGAGCAGGGGGGGACACAGCAAGGCCAGCCUUCCUCAGCUUGUCUGGUCUGUAUGAGGGCAGACAGAUAAACAGAAGUGAGGAUGAGCAGGGGCAGCUGCUGGAUGUAGACAGCUCUGAGCAGAAAGGGCCUGAAAUGUGGCAUUGCAUACUGGGAAAUGGGCUGCUUUGGGUUCAGGGAGAUAGCAGCUGCUGGUAGUGAUGCCAGCACAUUUUAUGACGUGGAGAAUGUCUCAGUGCUGGCCGACCUCAGUAUGGACAGCGAUUAGAAAUUAUUCUCUGACUGUGGUGUUCUGCUCUUAAGAGCCUAUUCUGGUAGGACUAUAGCAGGAGAUUCAUUACUCUGUAACAAAACAGUGGAGCACAAGACAGCCUAAGUGCCUCCACAAGCAAAAGCCUGUUUAAAAAAAGAUGCUUGGAGGUCUCUGACAAAUUCAGUAGCUCUGUGGAAGCUGUAGACUGGGUAGAGUUGAUUAGUCCCUCCUGACUUGCUGGCUCCCAGCAGUGUGAGGGAUCAGCGACAGACUUUGGUGAUUGCUUUUCUGCCCUGGCCCUUUCCCAUGCAGGACCAUAUGGGGCAUGCUCUGCUCUGCUCUGCUCUUUGUCUGCUGCUCACUGUUUUUUGAGGAGCCCAGAGCUGUUUGUCAGAGUGCCUGCAACUUGUCAGCCCCGAGCAAAGGAAAAAAAAGUGCAGAAGCAUAGACUUACUGUUUGUCUGUGUUAUCAUGUGUUUGUAAGCUGUUACAAGGUCCAUCUUACCAGGUAGGACUGAACCACAGCAGCAUGUAGAACUGAGCACACAGCUCUCAGCAGCAGCCAUGGGUGAAUUAGUGGUGGGUGGAAAUUGGUCACACCAAGGCUGUCCUAGCAGCUAUCACUGAGAGCUGCAUGCAAGCAGAGUGGAGGGGCACUGGUUUGAAACGUGGGCAUAGAGCCCUGAGCUGGCAGCAGUGCUGUUGAGCUGGGGUGUUAGGACUGUAGGCGUGCCAGGGUUGCAACAAAGCAUCUGGCUUUGAGGAGAUUUCUAGCACAUGAGAUUUCUGACCUGAAUUCCAGGGCUGAAGGAAUGCUGGAAAUGUGGCCCUCGGGCUCCUGAAACAGCUGGCUUGGUGAGGCUAGCCUGCGCUUAUUCAGAUUUGGUGACAGAAAAGAGGGAGGACAGAGGAGCUCUCAUGGCUGCAUGUAGCAGUGCUCACCCUGCUCUCAGAACAAAGCUGAGCUAUUUGGGCAUCCCGCAGGCAGGCCAGGCCCUGCACGUGGCAGGGCUGCAGCUGCACUGGGUGCUGCUGCUGCAUGUGACCUGAGCUCUGCUCUCAAGUCUGAGGGAGCUGCCUCGGAGGUGCUGAGUCGCACGGCCCCAGAAGUGCUGCCCUGAGCCCUUGGAACUGCUUCCUGAUGGAGGCGGAGCAGGCGGCUGGCGCAGCCAGUGAGGGUCAGGGGAUGCUCCUUCACCGGCAGUGACAGGAAGAGGGAGAAAGCAGAGGGCCCUGCCAGGGAAUGUGACAUCAAGAACCCCGCACCUGACCCGUUGUUUCUGCCUCUGCCUGCACACAAGGGUCUGGAGUCAAAAAGAUGGCUUCUCCAGGUACCCCAGGGACCCGUAUGACAACCACAGUCAGUAUCAACAUUUCCACACCGUCCUUUUACAACCCACAGAAGAAAUUUGCACCCGUGGUUGCCCCUAAACCCAAGGUGAAUCCCUUCAAGACUGGGGGUACAUCGGAGUCAUCGCAGCCACAGCCUCCUGGAACUGGUGCCCAGCGUGCCCAGAUAGGGAGAGUGGGAGAGAUCCCCGUAUCUGUGACAGCAGAAGAGCUGCCGCUGCCACCUCCUCCCCCACCUGGAGAGGAGCUAAGUUUCUCCUCAAACUGUGCUUUUCCUCCACCCCCACCACCCUUUGAAGAGCCUUUCCCACCAGCCCCAGAUGAAGCUUUUCCUUCUCCUCCUCCGCCUCCUCCACCAAUGUUUGAUGAAGGACCUGCCCUACAGGUGCGUGGCAAGAUGAACAGCAUUGAUCUUGAGAUUGAUUCACUGUCCUUAAUGUUGGAAGACAUGGAGAAGAAUGACCCCUUCAAAUCCCGGAUACCUCCAGGAUCCACGGGUUCUGUGGAGAAACCGUUGGCCCCAAAAGCUCACGUGGAAAUCUCAUCUGCACCCAGAGAUCCUACUCCUCCUUUUCCUUCCAAGUUCACUCCAAAGCCAAGUGGUACCUUAUCUUCCAAGCCCCCUGGAUUGGAUUCAACUCCUGCCCCAGCUCCAUGGGCAGCUCCACAGCAGCGCAAGGAGCCCCUAGCCUCAGUCCCUCCACCCCCCUCUCUCCCUUCUCAGCCUACUGCUAAAUUCACACCACCCCCUGUUGCCAGCUCUCCUGGAUCCAAACCAGGUGCCACUGUUCCCAUGGCUCCUUCAAACUCUACAAGAUACCCUACAUCCCUUCAGACUCAGUUCACUGCCCCGUCACCCUCCGGUCCCUUGUCUCGACCUCAGCCUCCCAAUUUCACCUAUGCUCAGCAGUGGGAAAGACCUCAGGUGCAGGAGAAACCUGUUCCCACUGAAAAAUCUGCUGCUGUAAAAGACAUGCGUAGACCCACUGCAGAUCCGCCUAAGGGAAACUCUCCUCUGACCAUGAAGGAGGUAGAAGAGCUGGAGCUGUUGACCCAGAAACUAAUGAAGGAUAUGGAUCAUCCACCUCCAGUAGAAGCUGCUACUUCUGAGCUCUGUGGCUUCUGUCGGAAGCCCCUGUCACGGACCCAGCCAGCUGUGAGAGCUCUGGACUGCCUUUUCCACGUGGAGUGCUUCACCUGCUUCAAGUGUGAGAAGCAGCUGCAGGGGCAGCAGUUCUACAAUGUGGAUGAAAAGCCCUUCUGCGAGGACUGCUAUGCUGGAACCCUGGAAAAGUGCAGUGUCUGCAAACAGACUAUCACAGACAGGAUGCUGAAGGCCACCGGUAACUCAUACCAUCCUCAGUGCUUCACCUGUGUGAUGUGCCAUACUCCUCUGGAGGGGGCCUCCUUCAUAGUGGACCAGGCCAACCAGCCUCACUGUGUGGAUGACUAUCACAGGAAGUAUGCUCCACGCUGCUCAGUAUGUAGUGAACCUAUCAUGCCAGAGCCUGGGAAAGAUGAGACAGUGCGUGUGGUGGCACUGGAGAAAAACUUCCACAUGAAAUGUUACAAGUGUGAGGACUGUGGGAGGCCCUUAUCUAUUGAGGCUGAUGAAAAUGGCUGCUUUCCACUGGAUGGGCACGUACUAUGUAUGAAAUGUCACACUGUUCGUGCUAAAACAGCGUGCUGAGGAGCUUGGAAUGAGCAUACACUCAAGACCCCUGCACUCAGUACUCUUUCCUUCCCCACCAUUGUCCUACCCCUCUGCCUGACAAGGCAGACUGCUACCAGUGAAGACUCUGCCAGUGCAGUUGGUUACCCAGAUAGGAUUCACCACUUGUAGACUUCACUAUGCGCACCCUCUAAGAAAGGACCUCUUCUCCCACCACCACUUCCUGGCCGUACUGUAUUUCAGGCUGAGGACUGUGACCGAGGUGAGUGCAAAAUCUCUGUUUCCUCAAGACAAGAAGAAGGACCAAAUCUCCACCAUUGCCUGGUGGAAUUAGCGAGAAUGACCCGGUGGCAGCUGCUGGGAAAAGGCUGAGCAUUCUUUUGCUCCAUGAAGCCAAGAAAUGAUUUCACAUCAUAAGGUGGAAGCCGCCUCCAUCUCAGCACUGCUUCUGUCGUAGGUUUUCCCGUGCCACCUCAUUAUCAGGAUGUCUUCCCCCAUCGCCUUCCACACUUCUGGGUAAGAGUGUGGAAGCAGAGUGUACUGGGAGCUUCUGUUCUAGUUGCUGGAAAAAGCUAACCUACUAUAGCUUUUCUGCUUCUAAUGGAUUUUAUUGGCUAUCUGCCCUGACAAUUUUUUUUUUCUUCUUCCCUAGCCAGAUGAAACUGGCAGUGUUUGGAAUCCUACUCUGCUCCUGAGUUUGGACAGUUUAAUUUUUUUCUCUCCCUAAAAUGAAUUGUUUCCCAGUGUGGUUUCUGGACGGUCAGGGUGGGCAAGAAUAACAAAACAGUCCAAAGAAUGGCUGUCAUAAGCAUAUUGUGAGGAAGUGCCUCAGUGAGAGGAUGGGCACUCAGCACGCUGUGGAGCUCUCGGUUUUCCAGCAAGAUUUCUUUCACAGCUGUCAGUAAGAGCUACGAUGUCACUGCAGUGUACUGUGUGACUCUGUGUCACUGCACUGAGCCUCACUCCCUAGACUAGAAACUCUUAAGACAGAGCAAACCUUUUGAAUAACUACGCUGUCCGACCACUGUUUGCAUCCAAUAAAAUCGUGAGUUUUUUUUUCCAUUAA